UAUUUCCUGAAUGGUUGAUUUCUGCUUUAAGUUUGAAACAAACUAUUUUUGGUUGAUCUGAAGUUAUGAAAACAAAUGGAAAAAGUUAAAAGAAUGAUCAAGAAGUACAAAUUUUCAAAGUCUAAAGAGGUACUGAACUUGGUUUUUGGAUUCACAAUAAAUCUUGGACCGUUUUUAAUCUAAUCAUCUUUAAGAAAGCUGUCUGCUACUUCUUCUUCAUCAUCUCUGUUGAAAGAUAUACAGCAACCAACAGAAAGGACCACUAUGUACUCACAGUGUUACUGUGCCCUUACUUUUAGCACAACACUAGCAUUAAAAUUCUUUUAAAAGACAGCAUUCAUACCAGUAUAUUGUAACAGCCCUGCCAUAGAUCAAGAUAAGAUACUGGCGGAGACAAAAAUGUGAAACUGUAUUCAGAAUCAGAUUUCGUGUUGUAGUUUGGCCACUCCAAUCAAAGAAAAAAAAAUAAAGCCUGGACACAGUCCUGCUACUGCCUCUUCUUAAAGGGUACCAGAGUGAAUUUAAAAUCAUAAAGUACACACCACUGAACUGUUGUCCUCACUCUAAUGAAAAGACAGCAGGGGGAUUAGUGGAUUAAUUUACACAUCCUGUUCAACUGCAUGCUCAAGUGGCGGUAAGAAGUGUAAGUGGACGGUAACUGUCAUUAAAAUGCACAUCAGCAGAGCAAAAACAACAAAGCAAUGCUUGUUAUGAAGCACUGUAACCAUGACGGCAUAGAGACCUCAUUGAACAAAACACUGCUCCUGCUUAGGUUGUUUUUAUACCUACAUAAAAGCCAGCCAUAUCCAAUUUUUGAUACUUAUUUUCCAGAUUUUCUUGGGCGCUGUUUAUUUUUUUUUCAGACUCAGCUUUUAUUUAGUCUUAUCAUGUGUUCAUCAGUCCUAUCUUCUUGCGUUAACUUUACAAGUCAACAUGGGAACAAUUCAGAGGAGAUUUCAUUCUGACUGGCAACACAGUAGCUCCUCCUUUUGGUCAGCCUUUUGCAUUACAUCAGCCUUGCAAGGGUUUCUGUAAGUCACACAAUUCACUUAGGCCUACUCCUAUAGUGAAAGUUAACACUCAUCAUUGUAAAUCUGUCUGUUACCCAGGCAGUGAAGUAACUAAAACUGUCUCAUCUGUACUGUUUCUCGACACAGAGCCCAGCAUAAUACGCUACCAACAAGACCUCUGAGACUGUUCAACAGCUGCCUCUUCAUAAUGACAAACAUACUGUGCUUCAGGUUAUGUUGUUCAAUGAGGCUUAAAAAUAAAACAUAAGGAGUUUCAAAGACUGUCACAAGGGCCUCCCAUCUACUUAAACACAUGACACAAUACUGAGUCAUUAAGUGUUAAAGGGAGUAAAGAGUCAGCCUUAUCACCCUUCUGUCAUGAUUUUGAAUAAAAGAUAGUUGUUUUUGAUGGCCAUUUGUAGCUGGUCAGUGAGUUCAAUCAAUCAAAUUCAUAUUUUAUUAAUAUAGCGCCAAUUCACAACAGUCGUCAUCCCAAGACACUUUCGAACGAUAAAGAGCAGGUCUAGACCACGCUCAUUGUUUGAUGAAUUAUUAAGACCCAACCUAAGAUGGGAUUUGGCCCAUCUCAUCUAACAUGAGUAACAGUGGCAAGGAAAAACUUCCCUCUAACAGGCAGAAACCUUGAGCAGGACCAGACUCAUGCUAGACAGCCACCAGACCGCUGCUGGGUUGGGGAGGAAUACAGAGAGAUAGGGAGGGGGAGAGAGAGAGGGAGAGGAGUGGAGAGAGGGCAGGAGGAGAGAAAGAGAACAAGAUAGAGGGAAGGAGAGAGAGAAUAGGUAAGGGGGAGGGAGGAAGAGAGAGUAGAGAACGUGUGUGUGUGUGUGUGUGUGUGUGUGAGAGAGAGAGAGAGAGAGAGAGAGAGAGAGAGAGAGAGAGAGAGAGAGAGACAGACAGACAGGGGACAGCGGCAACAUUAAAACAACAGUAACAACAACAACAGCUCAUGCAAAGAUGAGUUAGUUAUGUUUAUCAGUUCAAUAAAUCCUCAAGUCUCGUGCCGCCCUCUAGUGGGUAAUCAGGCUAUUUCAUAUCUAUCCUCCAUGAAUUAAACUUUUAUGCAGUAUCCUUGUCACUUAUGCAGCCCCUUGACUUGCCAUUACCAAGAUGGACGAACGCAGAAUGGCGUCCGCAGCAGUAACCUGGCUGUAGCGGUGCAGCAGGUGAGCUCACCGACCUGUGCUCUCUGCAGAGCAGGUGUAGACACGUGACUGACGCAGCUCGGGAACAUUUAUGGACAUUUAACCACACAGCUGAUAUUCAGACACAUCCAGGAAGCAUGGUAACCGCAGAGCUGCAUGUAAAUCAUUCUCAAGCUGCAGGCUACACAACAGGUCACAAGGGCAAAAGACUGUCCUAGUGAAGCAUUUGUGUCUGAGGAAUGAAUGACUUUUUGAGCAAUUUAAAUGCGUUAUUUAGUUUUAAAUGAAAGACAGUUACAUAAUUUAUGAGAGGUUAUAUUUAAGAGUAUUUUUGUUCCGUGUGAAUUCUGCAAUUGCGUUUCAGGAGUCAUUGACAGGCUGUGGUCAGCACGACCCUUUGACUUUCCUCCAGAGUGACUUAGAAGAUAAAAGUGUCACUACAAGGCCGCGGUGUUCACUGGUCUAUUUGAGUGUCACUGGGCACGACGCCAAAUAAGUGCAAGUCCACGCACUAACUGAUUUUCUCUCUAAAUUUAGUUUGCUCACGUGUAUUUUGUAAUAUAAGGACUCAAUCACCCACGACAUAGAAAAUUACGCAGUGACGCCAUCACCCGUUAGCGGAUUUAAUUGGUAGAACACCACGUGACAUUGAUAGAUCGUCCAAUGCCCGCAGACUGCAGUUCUCGUUUUGUCUCGCGAGGGAGUGUGUUAUAUAAAUCAGUAACGCGGCUACACAAUCGGCCAUUUCGUCGGUGCAGGCCAACAGCUGUAAAGGGCAGCGGGGUUUGUCAAGUACUGGUUAUCUAAAAGGCACAUCAAGAACACUGCACCAUGAGUGAGACAGCUAUUUCAUUCGCCAAGGAUUUCCUGGCUGGAGGUAUCUCUGCUGCUAUUUCCAAAACAGCCGUCGCCCCCAUCGAGAGAGUGAAGCUUCUCCUUCAGGUAACACUCAGCCCUCCGGAAGCCUCCCUGCGCUAGCUUGUGUCGUCCCGGCUAGCUGCCAUUGAUCAAAGUUAUGCGCAAAGCGGCGCCGGUUACCGCUGCCUAUCCACUGCUACUUGCUUCCACUAAUCUCUAUAAUAUCAAUACAUACAAAUGAGUGUGAGUCCAUAUGGAGAUGAGUUAUAGGAUUUAAGGUCAUUAGAGGAUGGGGAAUGACCUACACGAGCCUGGCUACUAGCGUUAGCUUCGCACGUUCACCUUAGCGCGUAAGCUAACAAAGGACAAACGCUUGUAGUGUCAUUAGGACAUUGUGUACAAAUAAACUAUACUCUUUUAAAUUAAGACACAGUUGUUUUUCUUUAACAACUACGAAAAGCUGACCGUGUUUCCGACAUUUCCUCGCUAAAUGAGAGAGUGGCGCAUUGGUGGUGGCUAAUGUUCUCUCGGAUGUUAGCAGAGGGCUGAGCUCAGGCCCGGUGACACUCACUCACAGCCGGGUCAACAAGUUUUACAUCCUCCUCUGUUAAACCUGCACCACGACAUUGUUUUUAUACAUUCCUCUAAUGACCUGCGCCACACUUAAUUUACAUCUCUGUGCAUUUUUUUGGCUCUGCCUCCUAAUUUGAUUAUUAAUAAAUGCUCUGUAAUUCCAUUCACCACAGCAGCCAAUAUAAUGUCAUUGGGUGUAAACAGUGGUUGCUCAGUGUAAGUGUUCCUCCUUAGACCUUGUCACUUCUCUUACAGGUUAAAGAAGCACCAAGGUCACAACAAGGAGACCUUGUGAUUGACUUGUGCUUAACACUUAAUUGGCUUCCUUGUUUUCCACCUGACAUUUACAUUUCUUCUCCUCUUCUCUCUGUUUUGAUGUUUUAGGUCCAGCAUGCCAGCAAGCAGAUCACCGCAGAUAUGCAGUACAAGGGUAUCAUGGACUGUGUUGUCCGUAUCCCCAAGGAGCAGGGAUUCCUUUCCUUCUGGAGAGGUAACCUUGCCAAUGUCAUCAGAUAUUUCCCCACCCAGGCCCUCAACUUUGCCUUCAAGGACAAGUACAAGAAGAUCUUCCUUGACGGCGUUGACAAGCGCGCCCAGUUCUGGAGGUACUUCGCCGGUAACUUGGCGUCCGGUGGUGCUGCAGGAGCCACCUCCCUGUGUUUCGUGUACCCCCUCGACUUCGCCCGUACCCGUCUGGCCGCAGAUGUUGGAAAGGCUGGAGCUGAGAGAGAGUUCAGCGGUCUUGGAAACUGCCUGGUGAAAAUCUCUAAGUCCGAUGGUAUUAAAGGCUUGUACCAGGGCUUCAAUGUGUCUGUGCAGGGCAUCAUCAUCUACAGGGCUGCUUACUUUGGCAUCUAUGACACAGCCAAGGGUACGUUGAUUUUUACACUCCCACGCUGGAACCACCUCAGAUGUCACUUCAGAUUGUACAUUUCUAAAUCGACUUUUUGUUUACAGGUAUGCUUCCAGACCCUAAGAACACCCACAUAUUGGUGAGCUGGAUGAUUGCUCAGAGUGUGACAGCUGUUGCUGGCCUGACCUCCUACCCCUUCGACACUGUCCGUAGACGUAUGAUGAUGCAGUCUGGACGCAAAGGAGGUAAGUUUUCAAAGUUUAAAGAUUGUUCACUGUUAAAAUGAGAGACAUCUCUGAACAGGAUCUAACUUCUGCUCUGUUCUUCUUCCUCAGCUGAGAUCAUGUACACCGGGACCAUCGACUGCUGGCGUAAGAUUGCACGUGAUGAGGGUGGCAGGGCUUUCUUCAAGGGAGCCUGGUCCAACGUGCUCAGAGGCAUGGGCGGCGCCUUUGUGCUGGUGUUGUACGAUGAGCUGAAGAAAGUCAUCUAAAUUGUCAUUUUGUCACAUCACUGUCCAAUUUGGCUAAAUGUAAUAACUUUCCAUUUCUAUGGACUCUGCAUUCUGCCUUAUUUAUGGGAACAAACUAUAGUGUGUCACCACUAGCUGUGGGCGAAGGCUGUACGUUGUGCAUCGUUAUGAUUUUAAACGUUCCACACCCUCUUUACCAAUGUCAUUCCUGUUCAAGAAAAAUCUGAUACCUCCUCCUGUUAUUCACUAGGUUUGUAUGGUCCCAACUUGAAUAAAUCUAUUCUGGGGAACAAACUCAACCAUUGAUGUCCACUGUCUCCUCCACUGUCCUCUACAGCCCGACAUGAGCACUCACUCACUCACUGGGUAGUGGAUUACUCCUGACUGCUAUAUUUACUCGCGCUUAUCUCCUCUUAGCCUUCCUGUUUGACCACGCUCACUACUUGGAUUGUAGAGUAGCACACUUGAGUGUUAACGCGUCUGUAAACGACUUUACAGUCUGCUGCUGGUAGACGGCUAUGUCAUGUCGUCUUGUUUUUAAAAAUUGCUGUUGUAAGGACUUUUUAAUAUAUAUGCACGGCAAAUGACCAGGAGUGGUAUAUACAGUAACCCCUGAAUAAGCAGCAGAGAAAAGUGUAAACAUUACAUUGAUAAGGUGUCUAAUGUCGCUCAGAAAUAAGCAAUGUCAACUUAUUUGCUUGACUGCCUACGUAUCCUGUAUACACACACUUUUGCAGUGAUUUUUAUUCCUGAAAUUGCCAGAAGUAACAACAUAGAAAACUUUAGGGAUGCUGAAAGAGCUCAGAGAGAAACCGAAGAAAUGUAGUCACAAAAUAGUCCUUUUAUUUUUGUUUCACUUGGAGGGAAAUUUGCCUCACAUGAAUGAACCAAAAAGUGUGUCCUGAGCUGACUUCAGACAUGUUUGAGCAAAUAUGAUUACAAGCUGUGGCAGAUAGCAGAGAAUGGUGAAUGUUUGUGCAGGCCAGAUAAAUACUUUACCAGUCAUGUCUCCAGGGAGGGUAUUCACAUAUCCAACAAUGCUAAGCUAACAAGAUAUCUUAACUUUGAACAAGUGAUUACAAAGCCGAGGUGUGUGCUGCUGCAGCUCCCCACAGAGGGAAAACACCACAGGUAUAGUCUCACUAAAAAUCAUUAAAAAACUUUACAUUUCACUCUCAAAGACAAAAAAGGGAAAAGUUAACAGUAAAACUUAAUCAGAGGUGACCCUUUAAGAAGUUUAAAGUUUAAACUUCCCCGGAUUGUUUUGAGCAUCUAACCUGAAAUACUUACAAAUGACGGCAGAGGGCGCCAGCGGCUAACAAGUGUGAAACUCCGACGUGCUCUCUUGUACGCGUGGUCCAUGCUCCUAAUCAGUGACAGUGACUGACUUUGAUUUAUUUCCUCUUAUCAGGCUCGUGAGUAACUAUCAGGUGACUGUGCAUUCCAGGGAUGGUCUUGCGUUACAAAUAUACACGGUAAUAUAAUGUAAUGUGUUUAUUGCUGCUCCUCUAAAUGCAUUUUUGCACUAUGUUUACAUUUGUUUGCAUUGAAAGCUAUAAUGUGCUUCAUACCGUUGUGCAUAAAAACUCAAAAUAAUACAAAACAUGUCGCCUUCACAGAAUGAAAUAGAUUAGUCAUCAAGUGCAUGAAUUAAUAAGCUAACGCAUUCUGGUAAUUAAAGAAUAAUUUAUAUAAUUUUGCCCACUGUCUCAAAUUAAUUGACCUCAAAAGUUUACUGAUUUGUGAGACAUAGACUUCCAGACAGUGUGGCCUGAAUGUAUGAUUAGGUACAAAGACCAAGAUUAACUUUAACUCAUGAAAAAUAUGUGGUAUAUGAAAAACAAAUCAUUUUGUUAAUUAGACUGCCAGUAUAUUUUUCAUUAACGUCAACAGUGUGGUUCUCUUUGAAGGCAAAGAAAAAUUAAAUAGUCCUGAAUAAAACAAAUUAGGGAAUUUUAAAAAAAUCAUCUCCUCCCGCAGACAAACUCUUUCUGAAUUUAUAAACACAUAAUUUAUUCAACUAGAUAAGUCUCAGAAAGAAACCCGUUUUCAACACGAAUCUUGUGCAAAAUACAGAUUUUCAAAAUUUGCUUUUGCCACUCCUGUCCAUGGUGUAUUUAAUAUUUUUUUAAAAAUCAAGCCCCGUAACAGCAACAGUGAUAGAGUGUUUAAAAAUCUGUCAUCAAAAAUCUAAUUAGAAACAGACACAAUGUCUCACAUGAUGGGGCACUGGAGGAGGUAUUUUACGACGAUCACUCGAGGCGUUUUAAAAUCUUUUGGAAACCAAGCUGGAUCACCAGACCAACAAUAGUUCCCGAUCAGCUCAAAUGGAACUGAAGUGUGUUCUUGUUUUGUGAUAGCGGUGCUCAGUAUCUUUUAUUUGUAUGACUUCUUAUCCUAUUGGAUAAUCUUUCCACAUGCAGUCUUUAUCAGAAUAAAAGCUCAUACUGAUCCUGGCUGAUGUAACAUUUUGUACUUGGAGUCUGUUAAUCAGAGUCUGAUAAUCAUUUAUGGCCUGCUGUACACAGUUGUGUGUGUUUCUGUAGAGCAGGACCAACACAGGCUUUAAUUCUUGGAAACGGUUUUUCUGUGCAGAGUUUACAUGUUGGCUGCGUCCUCCCACAGUCCAAACACUCAAGUGAGUGAAGAGGUUUUCACUCUUGAUUUGACUGUACAGUAGGUGUGAAGUGAAGUAUGGCUGUGAUUGUUUAUUAAUCCUCAAUAGAUUUGUAAUGGACCGGCAGCUUGUCCAGGGUGUUUCCUGCCUUCUGCCCAGUGCAUUCUGGGAUACAAUCCAGCCCGUUCUUCGAGAUCUACAGAAUCACAUCCAACUGUAUUUGGAUUUGACACACGAGCAGGCUAAUAUUAUUUAUAGGCUUAAUUUUAGCUUAUACAGCUCAUUUCUUUGAUUGUAUUCACUCCAGGAAUAUCUGUCCAUGUAUGUGCGAGUCUUUUAAUGCAUUCACUCCAUGUCCGUUUGUGCGUUUUUUUUUGGCAGUGCAGUCAUGUGAAAGGUCACACGAGGAAGCCUCAUCGCAUCAACUUUACCCUUUUGGAGUCAAAAAGUUGCUUUUUGUAUAAAUUUCCCGGCAGUAUAUUCAUGAGAAAAUCCGGCAGUAAAAUAAAAUGGCAACAAGACUUUCUGUGAAGUACAGGAAAGUACUAGUUUUUAUUCCUUCAUAAUCAAACUUCACAAACAGCUUGAACUUGUACAAUACCUCAGAGAGUGAAAAUUACAAAAAAAGUGCUGGUAACAUUUACAAAAAUCAUCCUUACUUAGCAACAAUCAGUUUAUUCUUCCACACUUUUUUUAGUCUUUUGUAUUAAGGCUUAAUACUUCUGUAUAAAGUAUAUGCAAGAUAAGUCUUCACAGUUUUUCGAAAAAAGUCACAAUAUUAUGUAACAUAAUGAAGCUUUUACGGCUAUUUUCUUUAUAAUAACAAAUACACAUCACUGGUAAAUAUAUGUGAAAUACAGGGCUUAUUGUAAAAUGGCAAGUAAUGAUACUGUUUGCUGAGAUAAAUUGAUUCCACACACUGUUAUAGGAAAGUUUUGACAUACCAUUGCUAUAACUGAAGGAGGAGGAAAAGAAAAUGAUAAGCAUAAACACUUGUGAGAUCGCCUCCAAACUUUGGCACAUCCCAUGAAACAAUUUCACAAAAUAUGAGAUUUUAAUUUUGAAAUCAUACAUAUGGAAGAAUAGCUAAACUGGCAUAAAGUGAAAACAUGCUGUGUAGUAAGGUGCUAAAUCAGAGAUAUUACACUGCCAGCCUCUUUUUUUUUCUUUUCCCCCCACAUGGACUGACAUGAAUAAGGUGCAUUUGUAAGACUCAAAGCAUGUAGGCCUUUUUCAGAUGUCAACAAAAUGUGUAAUAAAUACAGGUUUGUAAAAAAACCCUAAUUAAUUUGACCAAUAGUCUUGAGGCGACCUCGUAUACUCAUGCGUUCCCAUGGUUUCAGAGAAAUGAAUAUCUCUACUGCAGAUGUGUAACUUUCUAAAACUGUGGCAUGUGAAAGUAAAAGCUGUAUUGUGUUCAUGGUAUGUGUUAUUUGCUUUUUUCUUUUUUUUUCUUUUAUCAAACUUUAUGUUGAUUUUAACUGUUGAAAUUGUGACAAACUUGAUGAAUAAGGAGAUGAAAUUCAAAAACUGAAUGCGAAACUAAGCCAAGAUAUAUUCACAAGAUCCUCUAAGCUGCACUGGUUUACAGGUCAACAGAUGAGAGCUCUAGCCCUAGACUUACCAAUUUCACCCUCAUGCAUACUGUACGGUUAAAGUGACGCAACAAGCUUGCUUAAAUAGUCUACAUCACAAAAGCAAUUUGGUUUUAGUGCAAACACAAUUGGCUGGCUUCAGCUUCUCAAUAAUAACAAGCUCACCAAGGAGAUUACAAGAAGGCACAUACUUAUGCUUCCUCUAACACGCAACAUAUUUAGACAAACCGCAACAUCUUUCAACAACACCACAAAGCGGUGAAAAACAGGAAAAGCUACUACAUCCAGAUAAAAUGGUGAAGGUUUGCUGUUUGUGAAUUAUUGGAGAAUUUUUUUUUUUACAUGUAUCCGCUGAACAAAAUAAUGACUUUUUAGAUUGACAGUUUCUGCUGUUGUGAAAGACCUUGUUGAAGAAGGAUGACGUAUGAUACAUUUUGGUGGAUUCUCAUGUAUGUGGCCAAUGACAUUGUGUUGAAACCACAAAAGGUGCAUUUGGAUUUUUUUUUUUCUUGUUAUCACUUUAAAGCAUUUUUGUUCAAAUGUAACAUCCCCGUUUAAGGAAAAAAAAAAAAAAAAAGUGACCAAAUAUUCAGAGAAGACGAGUGUUUUUCAGGGGAAAGGUGUGACAGCUGGGUUUAUCUUUUGGUAUUUGUGUUUUUAUCUUUGAAUACAUGGUGAUGAAGACAACUUGACUGCUGGGAAAAAUGAAUUCCUUCCCUCAUACAUCCCGUCUCUCACUUUUCAGAUCUGUAAGAGCUGCUUGAUUUGUCCAAAACAAUCACAGGAGGAAACAAAGGUUUUAAUGCCCCUCAAAUCUGGACACUAAUACUCAGGGUAGUGCUGGGUAAAAAAAAAAAAAAAAAAAAAUCAAAUAAACAACAACAACAAUAAUAACAAGGUGUAGAUGUCAUGUGCAUUUAAAAAGGUGACUGAUUCUGUACCUUUAAAUACAAAACAACAAAUCAAAACGAGUCAAUAUCACCAGUUACUCAGCAUUACAAUGGUGCGAGACGACCAUCACAUACUAUGGUUUGAAAAUGUGUUGAGUGAAUUAUAUUGCUUUUUGAUAGGCGACGACCAAAAUAAGUCUAGUGCAAAUCUCUUUUCUGGUUUGAGAAGUGGUGUUUGGUGUAAUGAAACUCGACUGUCAAUAUCUGCUCGACCAUAGCAAGAACACACCAGCUGAUUUGAAGAACUGGAUAGCUGUCAAGUGGUAUCCCUUUACAACUUUUCUGACUAAUUUGAUCAGAAAAGAAAAAUAAAAUCUGUCACCAUUCGAUGCAACUAUUUAGAAGGAAACCCCAUUAAAUAUUUCCUAUAAUAUAUUACCCAUCACCCAAUUUACACAAUAACCUAGCACAAAGGAAAUGUUUGAACUCCGCACAUCUAAACGACUCCUAUUUUUAGCAAUUUUUAGUCACCCUCCCCUGUACAGCUGGGAGGAGGCGUUUUUUUUUUUUUUAACUCUGUGUCAGCUCAUAUCUGUGCUAACGGGUGUCAUCUGUGCAGUUAUGUCUGUCAAAUACAUCUCUCAACUUGGAAAUGUUGGAAAACUCACUCCAGUCCAGUGUUUGACAAAUCAUAUUAUAAAAACGUCCUUGCACAUACAUUUAAAAAAAAAAAAAGAAAAAAGAAAAGAAAAGAAAAAAAACUUUAUCCCCUAUUUCAAAACAGCAGUCAAUACAUUUCAAACAAGCUUGUUUCAUAACAAUAAUAAUAAUAAUAAUAAUGAUAACCAACUUGGAGCAUAAAUUAUCAAAAACAAACUGAAAACACAUUACUGCAGCAUAUAUUUCAGGGUUUGCUUAGUUGUGAUGUUAACUACCUUUACUACAACAGCUCCACUUCUGCCAAGUUCAGAACUAUAUAGAAGUUUUAUUUUAGGGAAAUAAUAAAAUAUCAAGCUAACACAGGCCAACAAAAAUAAAAGCCUAACAAAAUAUACACAUAUUUAUAAGCACAUCUUAUAUUUCAACUCAAGUGCAUGUUUACAAAAGCAUCUACACACAAGAUAUGGCAGCAAAAAGCCCGAACGCCAGAUGAAAAAUAAAACCUAAGCUGCUUUGAUUAGGACAGAAAUAAUGUCUGAUUUGUACUGUCAAUGUUUGAGAAAACUAAGGUUUCACUUCAGGUACAAAACAUUGCCAAAAUUACAGUAAUUCAAUUUCCUAUUUUGAACACGAAGGAUGAAAAUAAUACAGCAGAUUUGCCUGGAAUUAGAGGUUACAGUAAUAAAAUAUUGUCAAAUUUUGCCAAAUGGUUUACAUUCUGCUUACAGAUGAUGUGUUCAUAUAAAAAUAUAUCAUCUUUUUUUUAUCACUGUCGGAUAGGGAUAUUUGAAUCCAUGUUACAGUUUGGUUUUGAUUUAUUUUCAUCAUAUGGUGAUGGCUGGCUCUGAUGCUUUGUGUUUUCAGAGAAAGUGAAAGACUUUAGAGAACCUCAGUCAGUUUGGACUGAAAGUGCUGAAACUGUCGUUAUUCUUUCCUCUUUUUGGCUUCAAAAACAACCUACAAAUAUGUGCAAACUUAACAUCUUGGUCCGUCUCAAGUAUAAAUGGCUAAGUGUACUCUAGGUCACAAUAUCAGAUUAGUAAUUCAAGGGACAGCCUUAAAAUAUCACACGAUGCCAAUAUUGAAGAAAACUGCAAGAACGAAACUAUCCAGAUGUGACGUGUGAAGGUGAACAGGUUUACACGGAUUUACUAAAUGUGUGUGUAAAGAAGACAUAACCGAUGAUAACUGAGUAUGAUGUUUUGUGAGAGAAACAAUGCAACAAAUACAAUCAUGUUUCAACAUGCCAACGUGUACAUCACAGCUACUGUGUCCAAUUUUAUUUUUAUAUUUUGUUGCAUUUCUUAUAAAAAAAAAAAAAAAAAAAAAAAAAAAAAAGACGAAUCUAUUUUGGUCUACAAUAGGCAAAUUAACACAACAACAAAACUAUGAACAACUGAUCGAGUGACAAAAACACACAGAUGCAUUUUCACAAGCACCCCUGCAAUGAGAAGAGAAACUAGAAAAUCUAAGAGACAAAACUGUAGCAAUCUAGCCCAACAGCAGGAACCCCACACACAUAGAAAACUUAAAUUAUCUUCACCCUUCUUUGGUUUGUGAACACAAACAUUGUCUAGUAAAUUUUUUCUUUUUUUUUUCUCUCUCUCUCCAUUUAACCUCUUCUGAUUAGCAUGGCCCCCGUGUUACAAAUUUACUGCCACCAGCAGCCCCUUUGGGAACAUUAAAUCUAAGUCUGCAUGUCAGUUAUGGCAGGAACAUGCUGGCUGAGACAGUGACCAACACUGUGGUGAAGAAGAAGAAGAAGUAGAAGUAGAAGAGUCUCGACUUAUUUAUUUUCAGUUUGACAUCUCUGCACUAUAUAAAAAAAAGAGAGCUACCGUGUUAGCAUAGUGCAUGUUGUCUAUAGGACCAGGCCACACAAGCAUAAGCUGCAGUGAGAGCUUAUGAGGCUUGUGAUCUUGUGGUGAAAUUUCAAAAAAGAGCAAAAACUAAAUUGAACUGAAAUGGAUCUAUUUGAGGGAAAUAUAAAUUCUAAAUAAACUUUGAUGCGAUGGGAGUUGUUUGCUACUACAUAACAAAUACCCAACAGAUCUUGAAAAGGAUGAAGCGCUGGAAAUCCUUCUUAAUGUUAGGUUAGUAAAAAGUGUGGAAAAUGACUGCCAGAUUAGGAGUUGGAAUGCUCUGGACUUCAACAGGAAUGAUUUUUUUUUUGUUGUACUACCGCACACUUUUUUAAAAACUAAUCGUCUCAAUGAGCAGGACUAUGCAGAAGAAGAGAGUGCAGGACUCAAAGAGGCUCGAUGUUUAGUCUUCAGAGCCCGAGUCUCUUAACAAUUGUGAUAAAAAAGAAUGACACAGAGGGACUGUUAUUAGGGGACAUUCAAAACAUAGUUUGUGCUCCAUCAAAAACAAAGUCCCCUUUUGCAGGAGGAGGCUGUGUAGACAAGACUGCAUGCUUCAUGUGGACUGAUGGGUUCCUGAUAAAGACGGUUAACUGUAAGAACUGCACGAUCGGAGAAAGAAAUAUAUAAAUCCAGUAUGUGGUAUAAGCUUAGCUUUGCUGUGUCAUAUUUAAAAAAUCUGAACAGCUGCUUAUGUGUGUUUGUGUGUGUAUGCGUGUGUGUAAAGCUCAAAAAUCAAAACAGGGUCUGCAUGUUUGACUUACGAUCUGAACAGAUGCUGUUUGUAUGUGACGGUCGGAUGACAGGGACUAGCUAUAUCACAUUGCCUAUAAUAGUAAUGCUUCAUUUGAACUUUAAAUGCAUAUGAAACUAAGCCUUCAAAAUGUGUACUCUUUUAAUCAUAGCUGUUUUCUCCUAUUUACUUGAAAACUAUGUUUUAUGGAGGAUUUAAAGAUUCAAAAUAAAGGCAAUCACUUGCUUUUGGUGCGACAUAUGUUUCGUCUUAAUAUAUUAUGUUUAUAUAAUAGGUUUUACAGAAGCUGCUAAAUGUUUUAUUGUUCCAUUUUCAGCUUUGUUCUCUCAUCAAAUUUAACAAUAGGGGUAUAAUUUAAAAAGUGUCUUUUUUUACCCCUAAAUUUGGCACAGUAACUAGGCUGGGGAAGGUUAGAGAGAAAACUGUGGUAAUUAGUCCACAGGGGACUGAAUAAUCAGCCAUCUCAAAACCUUUUAUCUCACAGCCACUAAUCCUGAAACUUGAUUAUUGUUUUGGAUUCUACUCUACUAUCACUUAGUUUUGUUUUCCUGUGGUAACCCAAACACUCAAAGACGUAAAAAUACUUUGCGUGUAGCCAAACUUUUAAUUUUAUAAUCUCAAUCAGCUUCCAUGUUAUUAUAAAAAUCUACUGUCUGUCUAACACUGAAUGACUAAUGUCUUUUUUUAAGGUUGCUUGUUGCUUGCCCUUUACCAUUCGAAACUCAACAUAAGCAUAAAGUUAAACAGAUAAGAUAAAACUUAAAUGAUCGCUGAGAGGAAAUUGGGCAGAGCCUGCUAUCAAGGUCAGAGUGAACAUGAUGUACUUUGUAAGGAACCAUUAAAGCAGAUGCCAGUUCCUGCAGAGAUUUUAUUGUUUUUUUUACAGCACAGUACAGUGGAGAAAACCACUGACAUGUUCAUAGAUGUAAUGGAUUUUACUCUAUGUGGGAAUAUAGGGAGUAUGUUUUAGCAAAAGCUAAAAAAACAACCCAAAUAUCCGAUCAUUGAGGCAGGUUAAAUGUGGCUCCCUCUGCUGUUCACUACGUGCAACUGCCCUUGUUCCCAAAAGACAUACAGUACAUCAUAUGGCUUGUUGGUAAAUGGCAGAAAAUGGCAUGUUUAAAAUUUGCCAUUCAAUAAUAUAACAGAGCAACCUGAAAGAAAGAAAAGUGGCAUAAUCAAUUUUUUAAAAAUGUCCUAUUUUAUUCUAGGUACAAUCUAAAAUGACUACAUCUAUUAGUAUAUUUCAUUUAGACUGUAAAAUGUGACUGUAUUUUAUAUCUUUGAAUCCUCCGAGCUGUAUAGAUGUAAGGUAAAAAAUAAAACUCGCAGAUGUAGCAUUUACUGUAUAUGAAUAGAAAAUUUCAGGUAUUUUAAAGGGUUCUCUUAGGAUGCACUCACAACCAGCAGGUCUUAGCAGUAGUAGUAGUAGUAGUAGUAUAAAUAGUUUAUUUAUAAUAGACCAUUGUGUAUAUACUGUAUCUGUGCAAUGUAGGAGAGAAAAACUAUGAAUAUUCUGUAUAGUUGCUGUAUGUACUGAUAGGCACUUGAUAGGCAUAUUCCCUAUAUCCCACAAGGUUCUGUAUACUCUAGCUGCAAUUAUGUAUUUAUCAAACUAUCUGAGCAUGUAAUCUUCAUCUGUGUGGAGGUGGUGAUAGUUAAAUAUAUAUAGUAUAUUUGUAAGAUAUUUCACUCUUAUGUGUACUGUAGAAGGCCAAAGAUGCAGUAAAGUAUUAUCUGACUGGUGUUUUCUGUAUUCUACUCUUUACUUUGUGACUUUCUUCAAGCUUUAAAUAAAAAAAUCUGACUUUGAAUGUGUGGAGAUAGACUGAAAGACAAACAGGAAGACAGACGCAUGCUUAUCAGAAUAAAAUGAACCUGUUCCUCACUCGACAUGACCCUCACCAAUACUAUUUGACCAUUUCCAUGUUUUCAUCUCAAUGCAAAGCGUAUAAGCAUAUAUAGUACAAUGUGAAAUAUGACUCGAUUACUGACUAUCCUUUAUCCAGUUGCGUGAAGCUAUGUAUGUAUGUAUGUAUGUAUAAACAACAGCACUAUGAUCACCAUAACAAAAAGCAGGAGGAAGCCUGAAAUAAAGAAGUAUAACGAUGAAUUAAACAUACUGCAAGAAGGACAACAAUGUACUGUAGACCCUGUGUCUCUACACUAAGAUAAACAAAACAUGAACAGUAAUAUAUUUGAAACACAAUACAAACAGCUGCAGGCUCAAGGCUAUUAUCUACGUUUCAAUAUGUUUUGUUCUGGAAAAUAUGCAAACACUUUGCAAACAUAAAGUCUAGACUUUUAUUCUCUUAAACUAACAACUAGAAGAAGCACGAUUGAGAGAAGGACUCAUAUUCUGGAUAAUGUUGCAACUUUUCAACAAGUUUGAAACCGAUUUUCUGCAACACUGAGAGAGAAAAGAGAAUUAAGCACCACCACGAUUAGCUGAAGCAGUAUAAGGAAUAUAUAACUAUGGACAGUGAAGAGCAUGUGAUGCCGAUGCAACGGGGGGGAAGAAGAAGCUUGGGUAUGCUAAAGCACGUAAAUGACACACUGGAGAGAAGGUUUCUUCCCUCUUCUGAGCCUGGUCUGCUAUCAAACACCUUAUGAUACAAGAAGUCAACUGACAAUGGGACGAGUUAUUAGCCCUCAUCCAGAUAACGUUGAGAUUGGCUACCUUUGUUAAUCCAAACAGAAAAAUAAAAAUAAAAUAAAUAAACAGACCGAGAAAUGACUGAUAGUGUAAUUGAAAUCAAAUUUUUCAAAGAACCAACAUCGAGCUACUUAACCUACUAUUUAGACCAAUGAUACCACAAAGCUGGUUGUACUCAUCUAGCUACAGUCAAUAGUGCAUUUGAUAUAUGUGUUUACACAAAAUAUGUAAAAUUUAGGUGCCAUGAAGGAAUGCUAGAUCAUUGAAUACAAACAUUACACUGAAACAACUCAGUUAACGUGCCUGCCUCUGCUUUCAAAGAAGUGAUGAUGUUAGAUUGGCAGUGUUUAACUCGGUACUGAACAGACAACAAACACCAACACCAUGAGCUGUGUGCCGUACGUGUGGCAGUACUGUUGGAAAAGAGAUCUCGGCAGUUGCUUACAUAUUCUAUUUAGUGCAUUGUCUAUUAAGGCAUGAGAUUACCCUCCACGUGCUGUGUAGAGACAAAUAUAGCACUAGCAUGCAGCAAUAUUGCCAUCCUGGCAACAACAGCUACAAACAGGAACCAUACACUUUAGGCUUAUAUGCACACCAUAGGACACAGGCCCAAUCAAAUGUUUAAUAAUGUGCUACUUUUACUGCGGACAAACUUGACGCUUUCACGCACGUGAUCCGUGUUUUCUUCUUUAGCUGCGGAGAAACCGAAACACAGACCUCCCUUCAGCUAACUCAACAAGGAUCCGUAAUUUAGUAGCAGUUUAAAGAAAUUUAAGCAUCCAAAUGUCGAACAUAAUUCCUUCAAAGCGGUGCACUGCAAGCAACAGUGUCAACCCCGGCUCGAGUCAAAUCUCAGAACAACGUCACAGGUGCCUUAUUAGCCCGAAAGGUUUGGAGAGCUGCUUCUCAUAGUACCUGUGUUGCAUAUUGCGAAGGAAGCCCUACAGUUCAGAUAUUCCACUUAUCAACAGCUUGAUUAGGCUAUAUACCAAACACACACAAACACUCACUGACGCACAAACACUAAGGAAGGGACACAACUGUGUACAACUGACAGACAGAUAUCAAAGAAGCUGCAUUCCAUCACCUCCCCACACCUUUAAACCCACACAAAGUUGUUCUAGGACACACAUGUCAUUUAUUUUACACACACACACACAUACACACACACACACUAUAAAUGUAAUAUUAAUCGUAUAGUAAUAGUUAUUAUUAGAUCCUCCGCCUGACGGAGCUGUGUUUAUUAUUACUGUUGUUGUUUCACUGUUAAUGUUGUUUGGCUUGGAUGUUCUUGUUUGUUUCUAACGAAAUGCAACUGAACAACUUUUAUAGGGAGCUGACUCCAUAAAAGAAUGAAUUUUAAAGUUUUAAAACAUAGAUGAGCACACAUAAUGGUACACUUUUAAAUAAAAAUAAAUGCUUGCAUUAACACGGCACAAGAAUAUACUGUAGGUAACUGCAAGCAAUAACAAAAGCCAAGAACCGCUGAUUUACUUAAUGAAUAAAUUGAAACAAGGCUAUUCUAUUACAUGUGAACUCUACAACCAAAUGUUAGAUUUAAAAAAAAUCUUUUCUAAAACUAUAAUAUCUCUGUUAACAGUAGUGCACUUAUUGGUUUAAGCAGUGCAACAUAUAUGCAAGAAAAUAAUGCAGUCCACUUAUCAAGAUUUUAAAAAAUGUUUUUUUUCCUUUGAAAUUGAAUAACAGAAAAUCAUAGAAGUUCAUUUAAGGAAAAUGAUUAAAUAUUAAGCACAGGCAUUUUAAGAAAAUGUGCAAAAUAGCACUUUGUUUUUUUUUGUUUUUUUUGUAUUUUUUUUUUACUUACAGCAGGUCUUUUGAAGACCGCUGUAUGCAGUUAUUCUUUUAAUGAUACAACUACGAAAGUUUUUGCUCACUUUCAUGAACAAAUCCUUCAGGAUUGCAGUUGCAGGCAGUUGUGUAUGUAUAUGUGUGUGUGUUUGUAUCUGUGUGUGUGUGUGAGUAGGUGUGUGUAUGCAUUUUUGUAUGUGUGUGUGCAUGUGUGUGUCCUAUUUUGAGUAGAAAGCAAUUACAAAAAAAUUUAGAUAUCAGAAAUAAGCCUUAAGUGAUGUGAUGUGUGGAUGACAACUUGCGCACACUAGCUUCCAAAGUCUAUUCUGUACAUGCUGUUUCUGGGUUGUUUUUAGAAAAAUCAGGAAUGUAUACUGUUGUGUUGAAAGUCCAUCUGAACGUGUGGUACAUCAGGAAACCGUGUAAAUUCGAUGUAGCUACUGGUUUCGCUUUGAAGCGGUAUUUUCCUGGACAGUGUUGCAUGACAUUUGAGCCUUCGGAGCGAGCACAUGGCGAAGAAUGUGUUCAGGCUCCUGCACGCUCAGAAAGCUGCGCAACACAACUGAGGGCUCAAGGAUAAUCACCUUUUCUAUUUUCCCCAAUUAAAUAAGAAUUUAACCCCUCCCUCUAAAACACUCUUCCGGCCUGCUGUCUCCCCCCCAACCCCGGCCCAAACCCCACCCGUCCCACCUCCCCAUCACCACCACCACCAGGUUCUGUUAUUUGAUUAUCAAUUUGAUGUUGGCUACUCUUUAACAACAAUAUCAGUGACAAAUCCUUUUUUUAAUCUACAUCCCAUAACAGUCAGGUGCAAGUUGAAGAGCAGCAAUAAUGAAGGAGAGAGUUUAGUCGCAUAUGCCAGCCUGCCAUAACUGUGAGAAUGUGAAAGGCUUCUUUUAGAUUAAAAAAAAGAAAAAAAAAUCGGCAAAAGAAUCUUUCUUUUUUUCUCAUGUUUUGAAAUGGAAGAGGUCUAAAAGCCUUAACAGUCUGUAAAAAUAUUAGUGGCAGUGUAUGCAAAUGAGUUAAACUCCAAACUUCAGAAAAAAAGAAACAUGUUUUUGCUCAAAUACUGUCUCAUCAACACACCCUAAUUUAGUAAACUGAAGCAUCAAAAUGGAUGGACAGCGAUUACAAAACAUAUGAGAAACGAUCGUCCCUGUCACCACCGACCAGGAGUCACAUUUCAGGUAAAUGAUUGAAAUUGGUACCUUGACAACAGCUGCAUUAUAAUCCCUUAAUACCAUAGGAAUAAAUAAAACCCACCUUCAAAUUAACUACUCUCCUUUUUUUAUUUUACAGAAGAAGGCAAUCUUGUGACCGUCAGUAUUUUUAGAGGGAAUAUGUAGCCCAACCCCAGAUGACUUUUUGUUAUUGUUGUAAAUUAUACCACAGUAAGCUUGGACAUCUAAAGUUUCCAAACUGGUCAGUAUGGGUUCACAACUGCCAUGUUUUAUUUGUCAUGGCAAUGUACACACACACACACACACACACACACACACACACACACACACACACACACACACACACACACACACACACACACACACACACACACACACACACACACACGCACACACACACACGGACAUAGAACAGACACAAACACUCCAACAUGGAUGCACAUGUAUAAUCGUUCAGACAAAUCUACACUAAAGGUGUGUUUGUGUGUAUGUGUUUCUUUCGUAGGCCUUUCGGUAGUGUUCAACACAUAAAUCAGUAUUUUUAGGAAAGCAUACAUUUAGAGGCCUGUAGUUAGGAUCCAUCCAGUAGAUCAAUAUCAAACUACUAAGCCUUAAGGCCACCAUCUUUUUUUUCUUUUAGGAUAACAGAAAAAAAACCUUUUUUUUUGGGAAACUUAAUGUGCCAGUGUCUAUACUCAUUACUCUUCAUACCUCAAAACAAGAAAAGGAAAAUCUAGUGCCAUUUAUUUGUCAUUCUUUUUGAAAGAAGUUUAUCUAUUAGUACUUAUCCAUCGGAGACAUGCAUUCGCAUGUGGUCAUUGAAGUGCUCCAUUUGGUCGAACUUGGCAGGGCAGACGGAGCACACGUAGGUGGUCCCUUCUUGGCAGCUCGCUUCUGCGGCUACACCCACUCCUGUUCCAACCCCGGCCCCUACUCCAGCACCUCCGCUCACCGGCAUGGCGAGGGCCACCACACCGGCUCCGGGCUCGGGGACGGCCAUCGGCAUGGGAAUGGAGACGGGGCCCGGGGUGCCGGCGCUCCCAGACAGCCCUGUGAUGGCGCUUCCCGUGCUGUGCAGGGCCAUAUGGCGCUCCAGCAGGGUCUUGUGUGAGAACUUCUUCUUGCAGAUGUAGCACUCAUAGGACUUCUCUCCACGGUGCAGCCGCAUGUGGACGUUGAGAGAGCUCUUCUGGGUGAAGCGCUUGUUGCAGAUGCUGCACUGGUAGGCCCGCACCCCUGUGUGUGUCACCAUGUGUUUGAUUAAGUAAUCCUUCAGGGAGAAUGAGCGCCAGCAGAUGCUGCACUGAUGAGGCUUCUCACCUGGAUGUUCAUGCAAGACAAAAGUAUUAAAA